AUGAGCUUAAAUAUAAUUGAUAGUAUUGUCUUAAACUAAAAUGCUUAAAUGAAAAAUUUCCAGAUGAUUGACAUAAUAUUAAAUAUUGAGAAUUCUCUUAAUAUUUCCAAUUUUGAUUAGGUUUAUCUUUAAAAUAUAAAAUUCAAUAGUACAAAGCUUGGAAAUAAUCAAAUAAUUAUUUCUAACAAUAAAUUAGUAAUUAUUGAAAACAUUACCAUUGAUAGCAUUUAGACUGAAUAGCUGACAUUUUAUUUAUCAGAUAAUGUCAAUUUGGUCAUAAAGAAAAUAAUCAUUAAAAAUUUAAGGGUUACUGAAAUUUAAAUUUAGCAAAUUACUGUAAAUAAUAGCAAUUAAAUUAAAAUAUUAACAAUAGAGCCAUUUUACUAAAAAAAUGUUUAUUAUAUUUGCCUAUCUGAUGCCUCUGAUACUUCUAUAUCUGAUUUUUAUAUUUAUUAAUCAUCAAUAUCAAAAAUUUGCUUUUAAAUUGUUGGCUUCUAAAAUUGCACCAUAAAUAACCUAACAUCUUUGAAUAAUUAAAUAACACUAUUUUCAAUAAAUUAACAACCUGAUGAUGGUGGUAAUUUUAUUAUGAGUUCUUCAAGGCUUUCUGGAUAAGAGAUUAAUGAGCCAUUAAUUGAAUUGAAUUUCGUAGACAAUAUACUUUUUAAUGAAGUUUUAAUAGAGAAUAAUGAGUUAAACCAAUUUCAAAAUAACACUAAUUUUAAUGGACUAGGAGGUUCUUUGUAUGUUUUUAAUUGUUUGCAUAUUUUGAUAUAGAAUUGCAAAUUUAAAUAAAAUAAAUGCUUGAGAUUAAAUGGUGGAGCUAUUAGUAUUUAGAAUUUGGUUAAUAUUGCUUAAGUAUAUAUAUAUAAAUGUUCAUUUAUAUUUAAUUCAGCUGCAUUUUCAACUGGUGGAGCAAUUAAUUUGUCAUAUUCAAAUUUGAUAAUAGAAAAUUCUAAUAUUACUUCUAAUACUGCGCUUAUAGGAGGUGGGAUUUACUAUGAAUAAGUUAUACCAGAUUUUUUAUUAGAAAAAUCAAAUAAUACUGAUAAUAAUAAAAAUAAAAUCAUAAACAAUAAUGCUAAAAUUUUUGGUCAUAAUAUAGGCUCAACUAUUAGGAAAAUAGAUAUUGAUUUAUAGAAUAUUAAAAUACCAAAUGGAAGUGUAAAAUUUUUGGGUGAAAGACAAAUAGAAAUAAGAGAGUUUAAAAGUGGAAAUUAAAUUUCUUUUGAAGGUAUAUAAUUACUUGAUGAAGAAAAUAAUCCAAUAUUGACGUCAAAUAUAAAUAUAACUGAAUUUUAAUUUUACAGCAGUGAUGUUCAAAGCUUUGUUUAGUCAUUAUCUGUAUCUUUGAAUUGGGAUUAGUCAAAUAAAAAAAUAUAGGUGAUAGGAUAAGUAUAAUCUAAACAAUAAAUUAACAACGGAAUUAACUUGCAAUCUCAGAUUAUGUAUAUUCCUUAAAGUAUUAUGAGCCUGUAAAUAGUUUUAGAUAGUUUACCUAAAUUAAUUGACUCUAAAGGGAAUAUUUUCUUUCAUUAAGAUUAGUUUUAAAAAAAUUUUACAAUUAAUUUCAUUUCUUGCUCAAUCGGAGAAAUAACAACUCAAUAAAUUGAGUCUAUAAUUUGCCAAGAGUGUCCAUAAGGAAAGUAUUCUUUAGAUUAAUACAGCACCUCUUGUAAAUAGUGUCCUGAUACUGCUAAAGAAUGCUAUGGUUCUACAAUAAACUUAAUGAAUGGAUAUUGGAGAGAAAAUAAUAAAACUGAUAUAAUAGUAUAUUGUAAUAAAAAUCCUGAAUUUUGUUAAGCUGAGUCACCAGAUUCAAAGUUCAUGUGUUUACGUGGACACAUAGGCCCACUUUGCGAAUAGUGUGAUUCAUAUGGAGUAAUAUGGGGAAAUAGAUACUCUUAAAUAUUUAGUUCUGAUGCAUGCUAUGAUUGUAAUGAUAGUGUUUUACUUAUCGCUUUUGAGAAUUCUCUAAUAUUUUUACUUGUCUUUUUGUAUAUUUUUAUUAUUUUAAUUAAAAUCAUCUAAAAAAUGCAAUCAAAGAUUAUUGGUUAUUUUUUGAACAAGUCAGAAAUCUUAUUUUUGGGAUCAACAUGUAACUAAUUAUAAAAUAUAUCUAGCUAACAUAACAUAAUCAUUAAAUUAUUAUUAAUAAACAGUAAGACUAUCAGAUAAACCUUAAAUUAUAACUAAAAUAUUAACUGA